AUGGCGGAACCGGUGAAGCUCAUCGGCGCCUUCGGCAGCCCAUUCGUCCACCGCGCCGAGGUGGCCCUGCGCCUGAAGGGCGUCCCAUUCGAGCUCAUCCUUGAAGACCUCAACAACAAGAGCGAGCUGCUGCUGAAGCACAACCCCAUCCACAAGACGGUGCCGGUGCUCCUCCAUGGUGACCGGCCAGCCGUCUUAGAGUCCCUCCUCAUCGUCGAGUAUGUGGACGAGGCCUUCGACGGCCCGCCGCUCCUCCCCGCCGACCCCUACGAGAGGGCCAUGGCUCGCUUCUGGGCCCAAUUCAUCGAGCAAAAGUGCUCCAGGCCGUUCUGGAUGGCGGUGUGGCUGGACGACGGGGAGGCGCGGGAGGGGUUCGUGAGGGACACCAAGGAGAAUCUGGCGCUGCUGGAGGCGCGGCUGCAGGGGAAGCGGUUCUUCGCCGGAGACGCCGUUGGGUACCUGGACCUGGCGGCCUGCGGGCUGGCGCACCUGCUGGGCGUGAUCGAGCAGGUGGCCGGGGCGAGCCUUGUGGGCGCCGGCGAGUUCCCCGCGCUGCGCCGGUGGGCGGAGGACUACACCUCCGACGCGACCGUCGUCGCGUGCCUACCGCCGAGGGAGCAGCUCGCCGCACACUUCGCCGGGAAGAAGGACCGAAUCAAGCUCGCCGUCAACGCGAUGGUGGGGCGGGCGUAG